GCAUGACGAUGAGAAGUACAGCCAAGAGAGCCAGCAAACAAACAGCAGACAGGAACAAAGUGCUGUGUCUGCUGUGAAAGAUGCCAAAAGAUGUUUUUACUUUCAUUCGUCUUUUUGUGCUCUUACUCAGUUUCUCCACUAUUUGUCUGGGAGUCCUUUGCAUUUCCACAAAUUCCUCCAUGUGCAGAUGGGGAAAUAAUGAGCUAGUGUUUUAUUGCCUGGUAGUUUUGGGGCUCUUUCUCCUUGUUACUGGCAUUUUCUGGAACACUUUCCAUGAAGUCUUGAAAUACAAGGCCCUUGGCAUCGUCAUUCGAAAUCCCAGCCACCGAGAACUACGAGUCUGCACCAUAGACAGGCCUGACUUCUACCCUCCCUCCUAUGAAGACUGCACAGAUCCUGAAAAGCAGACUUCCCCACUGUCAAUUGCCUUCACAGUAAAACAGCAAGAACCCAUCAAUGUCCCUCCACCUCCAUAUAGUGAAAGCAGUGCAGAUUUCAUCAGUGAAACAAAUGAGCAGGAACAGCCACCACCAUACGAGUUAUGUGUGCAGGAGCUAUGGCAGCAGCAAACAGCUGACCAAGACUCAAACCCCAGACUGGAGUCAAAUUCUCAUAUAUCCAUGCAAGAAAUCAGUUACCAACAGGAUAUAGACUUCCAGGGGACCUCAGAAAGAGCAACAUCUGUCAGAACAUCUGAGAUGGGCAGCCAGUAAAAUUCUGCAUCUGUGAAGCAGGGAAAACUGGAAGAAAACUUGGGUCAGUGAUCCCAAGUAGUACACUACUUAAGG